AUGGUUGUCCACAAUCUGCAAAACCGCGCCUCCUUCGUCUCCGCCAUCUCCACCACCUCCACCGCCGACACCUCCACCGACAAAAAGACAUCCCUAGUCGUCAUAGACUGCUAUGCAACCUGGUGCGGCCCCUGCAAAGUGAUCGCGCCCAAACUCGUCGAGUUUUCCGAAACCUACCCGAACGUCACUUUCUACAAGGUCGACGUCGACGAGUGCCCGGACAUCGCGCAGGAGCUGGGCGUCAGGGCCAUGCCGACUUUCAUCUUCUUUAAGGAUGGGCAGAAGGUUGAUGAGGUGAUGGGCGCGGUGCCGCAAGCGGUUGAGGCGGCGAUUAAGAAGCAUGCGUCGUAG